UUGGGUUAAUGAGGAGACAUAAAUAAUGCUUGUUAUUCUGUUGUGAAACGUGAUCUUUUUGGCAAGAAUGUGAAAAUCCAAGGGUACAAAUCCAAGGUGUUGUUCUACCUACAUGUAUAAGCAUCGGCGUGAUUUAAAUGUAAAGUUAUGACCAAAACCAUUAUAAAACCACAGAAGGGUUUCACCAAGACGAAGGUGACAUAAGAUUUCACAACCGCCAUCUUAAGUUUCACUGACAGUGACGCAUCAUUUCAGACCACACCUGCAGUAGAGGAAGAUAUAUUUUGGUAACAAAUAGAAGCUAAUACAUUCACAAGGAUGUCCUUCUCCAAACCUACCGAUAGCAAAGCGAUCAUAGAUGGUGUUAAGGAAUUCUAUGGGAAACAGUUAACCAAAUCAGAAGAUCUCAAGACUGGCGCUUGCAGCUCUGGCAGCCGACCUCCAAAAUAUGCCCAGGACGCCAUCGAUCUUAUUCACAAGGAGGUGGUUUCAAAGUACUAUGGGUGUGGUCUUGUGAUCCCACAGUGUUUGACUGACAUGAAGAUUUUGGACCUUGGCAGUGGCUCAGGACGGGAUGUCUAUGCUCUCAGCAAGCUAGUGGGAAAGAAUGGCCAUGUGACUGGAGUAGACAUGACAGAUGAACAGCUGGAUGUUGCUAGAAAAUACAUGAAUUAUCAUGCGGAUAAAUUUGGCUAUGAGAAGCCAAAUGUUGCAUUUGUCCAAGGAUACAUUGAAAAGUUGCUUGAGUUGGGGAUUCCAGAGGGAACUUUUGACAUCAUAGUAUCCAACUGCGUUGUCAAUUUAUCAACAGAUAAAAAAGCCGUUCUCCAAGGAGCAUAUUCACUACUGAAGGAAGGAGGUGAACUAUACUUCAGUGAUGUUUACGCAGACAGUGACCUUCCAGAAAAGAUAAGAAGACUAAAGGUUCUAUGGGGUGAAGGUCUUGGAGGAGCCCUCUGGUGGCAGGACUUAAUCAAGAUAGCAGAAAAUGUCGGUUUUGCAACCCCACGACUUGUCAAUGCCACACAAUUCCCUAUAACCAACAAUGAAUUAAAAAAGCUUGUGGAGGGCCACCAGUAUGUGUCUGCUGAGUAUCGCCUGUUCAAGCUUCCAGCCAAGCCCAGCAGUCCAUGCCAGGUUAUAUAUAAGGGUGGUGUGUUAGGUAGUGAAGAGACUUUCCAGUUGGACUACAGAAGACAGUUUAAGAAAAAUGAGCCUGUCAAUGUUGAUGAGCAGACAGCAAACAUUCUUCAGAACACCAGGUUUGCAGAUUGGUUCAUCUUUAACCCCCUUCCUGACAACCAGACGCAGGAAGUAGACAAGGACGGCAGUUUGGAUCCAUUUCUGUAUAUCGCUACCAAGGACAUCAAGGCACCAAAUGGUGGAUGCCCUUCUGCUGAGGCAGACUAAAAUGGUACAAACGUAUAUGUAUCAUCGAGCAGCUAAUUCUAUCCUGGGAAUAUGUUAAAAAAAGCUUGCAUGUCACAGUUUUAUUUUUACCUAUUUUAUCAAAAUGUAAAAUACUGAAAGCCGACAAACUAAAUCAUAAAUAAAACCAGACUCAUAAAGAGAGAUAUAAUUUAUGCCUUGUUAAUACUUCCAACUUGGCCUGCAACCUGCGAACAUUUUCUUUAACUUGUUAUUAAAUCGCACCUCUCAACAUGACUAAAGGCGUAUACAAGCUUGUUGCAAGGCCGUGAUAAAGAAAACUGUUUUCAAAUUUUGUGACAGUUUUAUUGUUGUCAAGUUCAAUAGACUAAAACAUAUUUUCUUUGGAAUUGGAUGAAAAAUUUAUUACCAAUGAAAGGCAUAUAUAUAUAAAGUGUUAUGACUGCAAGGUUGUCACGAAAUCGAAACUGCACAUGCAGCAUACUAUUCAAUGUUUAUCAUUUAUCAGCUUCAUUUCUUUUAGUAAUAGGACUUUCAAUAAAUGCGGCCGUCAUCGGCCAAAUUUCGAUCAACAUACUCGAGUUUGUUCCAUUAUUUUAUCUGCAUGUCAUAUCAUUUAAAUUAGCUUAGAUCAAGGAGACAUAAAUGUAUUAUACAGCUUACUUACAACUUUUCAAUUUCAGCUUCAUUACAUCUGAGCACAUCUAAAAUUUGCCAGACAUCCUAACGUAUAAAUAGGCAUAUGCUAUUGUUUGAGCACUUUGGUGUCUUAAAAAACUGUUAAGCACUAUUUUGAUAACUAAAAUCUCUCUGCCCGAGAAAGAACAAUGCAGAGCUUACAUGUACCUGUAGAACAUACAAUUGCAUCAUACACAGCAGCACCAACAGCGACCCCACCACUAUU